AAUCAUGGGCUGUAACGGUUGACACUUCUGUAUCUGUUAGUGAUUCCCAACAGAGAGUUCCUGAAAUGGCACAAAAGUUUCCAUUCGAGUUGGAUGGGUUUCAGAAACAAGCUAUUUUGCAUCUGGAAAACAAACAGAGUGUGUUUGUGGUAGCUCACACAUCAGCAGGGAAGACAGUUGUAGCAGAAUAUGCCAUAAGACUCUCACUCAAGCAUGGUACCAAAGCAAUUUACACCUCACCAAUCAAGACUUUGUCCAACCAAAAGUACCGAGACUUCAAGGACUUAUUUGGUAAAGAACACGUUGGUCUGCAGACAGGAGAUGCACAGUUAAAUGACAAAGCUUCCUGUGUCAUCAUGACAACCGAAAUUUUAAGGUCAAUGCUGUAUGAUCCUGAGCAGCUCCAUGAUCUAGAAUGGGUUAUUUUUGAUGAAGUCCAUUACUUCAAUGAUAAAUCGAGAGGUGUAGUUUGGGAGGAGGCUCUGAUCAUGCUACCAAAGACAGUGAACCUAGUCCUUCUGAGUGCAACGUUCUCUAACACUAUGGAAUUCGCUAGGUGGAUUGGGAAGAUCAAAAGGAAGAAAAUUCAUGUCAUUAAGACUGAAAAGCGACCUGUUCCUCUAAAGCAUUACGUUUAUACUGGAACUGAGGAGAUAGUUGAACGCCAACUGUUCCAAACGGUGGAUGUGACUGGAGAUUUCAGAAAUGAAGAUUAUGAACAAGCAUUGACUGCUGUAAUUCAAAAUGGAAUCCAGACACAAGCAGGCCUACCAAAUGUAAAGCAAAAAAAUCGGUACCCAUCAUUUGUCAAAAUGCUAGAGCAACAUAAAUAUUUACCAGCGAUUGUAUUCGCAUUUGUGAGGAAGAAAUGCCGAGAGAAUGCCAUAUCUUUACAGUCCUUGGAUCUGACAGACCGUAUAGAGAAAAGUCGAAUUAAAGUCUACUUGAAUUCAUCGUUGCAAACCCUGACACAGUCAAACCAGCAGUUAUCUCAGAUUCUUGAGUUGAGUGAGAUGCUGAUGAGGGGUAUAGCUUAUCACCAUAGUGGAGUCUUACCUCGUAUGAAAGAAAUAAUUGAGCGUCUAUUUGAAGAUAAUCUUGUGAAGGUACUGUUUGCUACAGAGACGUUUGCUAGUGGUGUUAACAUGCCAGCAAGAACAGUGAUCUUUGAUUCAGUUAAAAAGUUUGAUGGCGAGGAGGUACGCACUCUGAAUCCUGCAGAGUACAUCCAGAUGGCGGGCAGAGCAGGCAGAAGAGGCAAAGAUGACUGCGGUUUCUCCAUCAUCCUAUAUGAAGAGAGCAUGCAAGAGGUAUCAGUAUUAAGAAGUUUACAACAGGGGAAUCCUUGUCCUGUUGAGUCUCAGUUUCACCCCAAGGAUAAUAUGAUCUUGAAUCUAGCUAAGAGGUCUAAGUUUCAAGUGGAGGAUAUUCUGAGGCAAAGCUUUGCAGAGUAUUGCACAGAUUCUACAAAAGAGGAAGUUGCAACUUUGAAUCUUGAGUUAAUGAGGAUUGAACGUGUGCCUUGUUUAAUAUGCAGGAAUGAUCUUUCAGAGUACUACGACAUGUGCAAGAAGAUUCAUUCUUUAAGAUCAGAUUUACAGUCUAAAUGCAGUGUUGGACAAGUUGUUGUUGUCAACUCACGGGAACACAGGAAUGUUCUAGGAAUCAUCAUAUCAAAAGUUGACCCAGAUUCCAAGAAGUUCAAAACCAUAGUUAUGUAUGAUAAAGAAACUUCUAAGAGUGCACCAAAAACCAAGCUAAAAGUUCCAAUGGUGAGAGAAAUAUAUCUGCCCAAGAGUGAUUUCAGCAAUUCAUGUGAUGUUGUAGAGUUAGAAGAUGGUGAUUUUACCUUAACAAGAGAGGUUAUAUCAAUAGAUGCUACUACAUCAGAACAAAUUGCUUUGUCAAGUGUUGUACCUUCCAGCUUGUUCACCAAAAGAGCUAUGAAGAUGCUGCAUCGUUGUGCAAAAAGUGAAUCAACCAAAGGCGAGCCAAUGGAAUUCAUGAAUAUAAAGCAUUAUGAACGAAAGGUCAUAACAUAUCAAUGUCUUCAGUGCAAACAUCUACAAAGACAUUAUGAAAAUUAUGCAAAACGACAAGAAUUAAAGGAGAAAGUAAUAGAAGCUGAAGAAAAACUCUCUCAGAAAGAAAAAGAAAAUUUGUUUUUGCUGCCCCGAGUUAAAAAAAGACAAAAGGUGUUGAAAGGUCUGGAUUAUUUUAAUGAAGACAUGGAGAUUCAGCCAAAGGGCAUAGUAGCCUGCAACUUUAGUCAUCAUGAGGUCAUAUUGACUGAGGUUAUCUUUGAAGGCAUUCUUGAUGAUUUAGAGCCAGAAGAGAUUGCUGCAGUGUUGUCCUGUAUGGUUUAUCAUGGAAAACAACCUAGUGAAUAUGUGAUCUCUGAAAAAGUUGAUGAGGUUAUAGAGAAUAUCAAAUCCAUCGCAGAAAGAAUAGCUCGUUAUGAGCUGGAGUACGAUAGCAAUAAUGAAGUCAAAGAUUAUGAUGACCAAUUCAAAAAAUGUUUUGCAGAUGUGGUGUUAGAAUGGGCCAGCGGACAUUCAUUUGAAGAAAUCAUACAUCUCGCAAGUGAGAAUUUAGCUGGUGAUACUCCAGAAGGGGAGAUUGUUCAUAUAAUGCAACAGUUAAUUUAUACAUGUCGCGAAAUACGCAUUGCUUGUGAGAAUAUUGGCAAAUUAGAGUUUGCAUUUAAGAUGAAAGUAGCAUCAAGGAUGUUAAAACGGGAUAUAGUUGCUGUACCAAGCCUCUAUCUAGAGUGAUUAGAAAGCCUGAGAGGAACAUAUAGGCCUACUGGAUCACCAAUGGAGGUAAUGCAAUGGUUAAUUCUUCUAUACAUCAAUACAAAAGGCUCCUGUCCAUCCAGCUCAAAGGAAUUUUGCAAACAGUGCGCAAUAGUUUAGAUUUUUUACUUUUUUUUGUUUUUGUAUAUUUUUUUAUUUUCUUAAAUUUUUUCCCUCCAAGUUUUCCAUUAAAAAUUGGUACGUAGCACCAUAAACGCAAUAAAUAAAUAGAUAAAUAAUAAUAUAAUAGUGUAUAUUUGUUUAUAUCAGCCCUCUCACCAGAAUUUUUUUAAAGUGCAAAAUUCUAAAGGGUGGAUGUAAGUGUUACCAUUUUUGGUACAUAUUUAUGCUGUGACACGACGUACCGUGGCCCAUGUAAAUUUAAUUUACUCAAUACCCAAGCCGAAAUUCGGCAUAAAAAACGUGUUUUGCAUGAAGUUCACGUAAAUUCAAUUAACAAUGUUGUUUUAUGAUAUGUGAAAAUGAUUUAGUUUUUUAGUUUAUGCAAAAUUUGAUCUACUUUGAUGAUGGACAACCUUUUUGGAGAAUUUUGAGACCAUUUUGGUAUAAAGCGCUAUAUAAAUCUCAUUUUUUAAAGGAACCUACUGGUAAAAGAUUUGCUUGUCAUGGUUUUUAUCUUUCCAACAAAUUCUAACUUUUGUGUUGUUUGUAAUGGAAUAAAGAUUAAUUGAAUGAUUGAUAGUUGCUUUACCAAGCCUCUUUUUACAGUUAGGUAAUAAAAAAUAAAAACAAUAUUAAUUUUAUUAUCUGAUAUCCAUAGCAAGGGAAUUAUGUAAUUGUAAAUCAUUGCAUCAUUGUUCAAAAAUUUAAAUGGUUUUAAAUUCAUGGUGACCUCAUUGAAGUUUUCGAAGUCUUUAACAGUUGUACAAAAGUGGAUCCCAAUCUAUUUUGUGUAAUACAAGAAGGUAACAGAGGCCAUCCUCGUAAAUUGUUUAAAAAAAGUCCCUUUGAUGUAGAAAAGAUUUCUGCUAUUUUUGUAAUUUUAGACUACUGUUUUAGAUAAAAAUAAUAUUAGAUAGACUGUAUAAAUUGCAUGAUAAAUGCUUUAUUUUAAAAUGAAUAUGUUUUGUAUGGAAUAUUUUAUCAGUUUGAAAUUUGUGUAAGAAUAGUUUUUUAGAAUACUUUUUAUCAUAGAAACACUGUAUUAUGUUUAGUGAACUACCUAGUCUAAUAAUCAUGUACUAGUUUUUUAAUUAUGGAGUAUCAAUCAAUAACUAAAUUAAGCAUAGAAACUUUGUAAUGAACCUGAUUUAUAUAGCAUGUGCGUAUGUAUGUUUCGUAUGUACAUGAUGUGUUGCAUUGUGUUUGUAAACAAGCAGAUUCAAAAACUGUACACAUAUUCAUAAUGUUACACAAAUUUUUUUAAAUUUUGCUGUUUACUUUUGGAUAAUUGAUCCCUGUGUUUGCAAAUUUGAAGCCAAAUGAGGUAACUCAAAAUGCACCCCAUCCAACCGCCACCCAACAAACAUGCCAAUAGUGUGAAAUAUCAUUAUGAGGCUUUCUAGGUUAUAUAACUUUGUCCGAAUAAUACUUACUGCAAGGUUAAAAACCCUUUUUUAAACUGUUUUGUGAAAAAAAGGUAGUAGGCCUACUGCUGUAAUGUCUAUUAUUUAGUUUCUGCCUUAUUUGUGAAGGUUUCUUGAGUUGCAAACUUGAUCAGUUUGUUUUUGUUCUACCUUUACUCUAAUUUGCAUAGUAGCCAGGUGCUCUCUUUGUCAGCCAUUCUUUGUUUCAUUACCAGUUCAGUUCAGUCAUUAACACAGUGCAGAGCACACCUACAGUAGGUAGUGCAGUAAUACUAUUAGGGCUAGUAUGUGAUAGUAAAAUGAAGGAAGCUCAACCUUAUGGUGAGCUAAUUUGAUAUUAUUGUUAUUUGCUGUUUAAUUUUGUCUAGAUUUAGUUGUUCAGUUAAUGUGUAUUAGAAUGGAUAUCACAAUUUAUUUAUGCAUAUAACAGGAUGGUGAAAUUUCUUAGGCUUUAUUGUUGAUUGCCAAUCUGUGUUUAUGAUAGGCUAAAACUGUAUGUUGCUUUUUAUAUGAAUACUGUUGUUAAUAAUUUUGAUUGUUUUUAAUUAUUUUGUUAAUGAUUUCAGUAAAUCGGAAAAUUGGAAAUUUACGGAACUUGUUCAUCUAUUGAGGAAAUAGUGGAAAUUUGGUGGAAUAAAAGGCUGAACCGAAUUUGCAUUUUAGAGCUUUAUUGCUAGUACAACUGCAAUUUGUUGACUUGUCAGAUAAUAAACAAACUUAAUGAAACACUUUAAGUGAAGUGCUGCAAUUUAUAAGAUGUGUCAUUCCACUACUGUCAUUCUGCUAUGAAAUAUUAUUAUAGAUAUAAGAAUUAUAAAUUACAGUACUUGAAUUGUUAAUAUAAAUGUUGUAAGGUUAUACUGCUAUUGUGUUUUGGUGGUAAAGUUGAGAUAUGUUGUUUUUAUUACAAUUAAUGAAUCUGUAUUCUUAUUUCUGUAUUACUGAGUACUGUAUUUCAUUAUUUGCUUAUACAGCAGUAAAAUAUAAUUCAGUCUAUUUUUCAUACACUUUUUCAAACUAAUUAAAUCAGAAUACGACAUUGGUAUUAUAAUAAUAUCAAACAUAUAAUUAGUACAUCAUUGGUAAAGGUUAAAUAUUAAAUUUUCAUUAUGAUUUUUAAAGUCUA